ACAUCUCUGGCAAUUUUUGUAUUUUGCAGCGCAAGCACCUCCUGCAAAUAGGAGGGAAGUCACUGCGCGAGGUGGCAUCGUAUGCCAUGAAGGCUGUAAUGGCGCACCCCGUCCAAGUGCUUUACAGCCUUCAUAGCGGGAAGGGGAAGAGGGCAUUCAUCAAUUUGAAGUUAUGCCGGAUAGUCACAGAUGUCAUCUGUGCGAAAAGGGGGGGGGGGGCGACCUGACACAAGCACAGGACUUCAUUAAGUGGUUGCCAGGGUCUGUGGACAGCGGUGGUGGCAGGAAGAGGCGUUUCACAGCAACGUUUGCAGCAGAGCAGCCCGAUGAUCCCUCCCUUCAGGGCAGGAAUCAUUGCCUGCCCACUGCUGCCCUCUCCCUGCCCCACCCUUGCCCUCAGGUCCCUGGCAAGUCCACCGUCGGCCCCUCCUAUCCGGCUGCUGCUGCCCCUGCUCCUUCCCCUGCUGCAGCCCCUGCCGCCCCUGCCCCUCCUCCUGCUGCUGCCCCUGGAGCUGAGCACCCCUACUGAUGCCUGCAUCAGUUCAAGAAUUGUAUUGUAAAUAGUAAAAUAGUACUGUAAAUAGUAUACUAAAUAAAUUAUAUUUUCGUUUACGCUUUGCGUGUGUCUGCAGGAAGUUUCCUUCCCGCACUUAUUUCCAUCACAUUUUCUUCGCUACUAAUUGUAUAGGCAGUAAGCUAGCAUACAAGCAACAGAAUGGCUAAGUACAGGCUAUGCUUGAAACACACUGGAUGCAAAAUGGCUGAGCACCGGAUUUUCUUGAAACUCAUUGGGUACAAAAUGGCUAAGCACUGGGUAUUCUUGAAACACGUUGGAUACAGAAUGGCUGAGCACUGGGUAUUCUUGAAACACGUUGGAUACAGAAUGGCUGAGCACUGGGUAUUCUUGGAACACAUUGGAUACAGAAUGGCUGAGCACUGGAUGUUCUUGAAACAUGUUGGAUACAGAAUGGCUGAGCACUGGACGUUCUUGAAAGACUGGAUACAGGAUGGCUGUGCACUGGCUCUAUGCUUGAACUACAUUGGAUUCUACAAUGGCAAACUGUACGGCCAAUCUUGG